UGAGAAAGAGAGAUUUUGAAAAAAACAUUAUGAAAAGUAAUAUAACUUGUAUUAUACUUGUAGUAUUAUAACUUGGUAACAUUUUUAAAUUCAACAGAUUGUCUUGUCUGAAAGUCCAUUUGUUAAAUGUGUGGUGCUCCGUAUUUCAACCAUGGUACAAAAGCCUGUGGAAACCAGUCUGUUAGUCUGAACUGAAGCUCUUUUUGAAACUACAAACACUAAAAGUUUGUAGUUUUCCCUUGCAGCCUCAUUUUGCUGGCUGACCCUGAUCAGAUUAUUUAAAAAAUCAACUGAAGCCCUUUUUAUUUUCCUAGACUUUCAUACCAUAAUCUUAUACUUGUUUUAUUCUUUCUAUAAUUUAAGGUUGAUUUUUUUAUUGUACAACAACACACCAUUCUUACCAUCAGUUCAGGUCCACAGUUUUUACACUGCAGUGUUCUCACAGAACAAUCCUAUCCAGGUCAGAGUAAUGCUCCAAUUCUUCCCUGCAUUUUUGCUUCUUGUCAUGUGAUCAUAUUUGUCUUCCUGAGUUAUACUUGCUGUAUAUCACAGCAGCACAGCUUGCUAUAUCAUCUCACUGAUUGUGAUACUAAACAGACAGCUUCCAUCAUUCUCUCCAGUCCACUUCCUGCAGUAAUCUGCAGUCUGGACCUCGUGAGCUAUCUGACACUUGCUGAUCUGUCCGUCCUAAAGAACAACAUGGUGCUCUCUUCAGUAAUCGUGUUUCAAAUGUGCUGUUGGCAGACUUUCUGAUAUAGACCUGAUAAUCACCAUGUUGUCUCUUGGGUGUGUCCAUGUCGGCGAGCGCAGUAGAGUAGAAAUAGGCAUUGAUAGACGGAGGAAAAGACGACAGGACUUCAUUCAGGGUUCCAUAUGUACAGUCAGGACUCUGUAUCCAGGCUUGCUGCUGUUCCCAGAGGACAUGAUGCCACUGUGUGGGCCUCUGUCAGAUGCCUGAUGUUUCACACCAUGACCAUGACCUCAGUCCUGCCUGGCCUUCUGUUGCUUUUGAUGUUACCAGUAUAUGGUCAGCUAGUGGGAGCAAAGAAGUCAGAAGAGGCUGAAGAGCAAAGUUCCCGCCUGCGGGGCCUCUGGAAGCUGCACUUUAAGGCAUCCAGGCUGAAAGGAAAAGGAUCAAGCUCUAGCCCAGCCAACGAAGUGGCCAAACAGCUUCUGCUCUACUGCCGGGCCGGAAUUGGCUACCACCUUCAGAUCCUGCCCAAUGGCUCAGUGGGAGGAGUCCAUAGACCGACUCCAUACUGCUGGCUGAAGCUGUUUGCUGUGAGGCGUGGAGUGGUAGGAAUCAGAGGGUUGAAGAGUGGCUUGUACCUGUGUAUGAGUGGGCAAGGACUGGCAUAUGGAGAGGAGCCGUUUUCUGACAACUGUCUGUUCAAGGAAAACGUAGAAGAAAAUCACUACACCACCUACUCUUCUCUGUCCCACCCGGGCAACUACCUGGCACUUUCCCACAGAGGACAGCUCAGGAGGGGCAACAGUGUGGGCCCAAAUCAGUCCUGUGCUCAUUUCUUACCAAGGAGAACGUGACGUCUGUCCAUUAGCUUUCCCAAGCUCCUGAAACCUAUGACAAAGUUGAUGCUUGUUAUUGAUUAACAUCCCUGGGUUUUUAGAUAAGCUAUAUUCUACACAUCACUCUGCUCUCAAGCAUCUCCUCUGACUUCUCACCCAUUUCUGCACUGAGUUCAAAAUUUUCUUGUCAACUUUCAAAGCCAUCCUUAUGUUACUCGUCUCUUUCACAUUUAAACACCGUCUCACAUCCUUCAUUCCUCUUUUGACUCACUUCUCUGUACGCCACGUGCCCGGGGCCGUCCACCAACCCGGGUCUACCCACCAACUGAAUCUCUGAGCAACAUCAUCGCUGAACAUUUUCAAAUGUCUUCACAAAACCCAUCUGUUCAGAUUAGCAUAUCCCACUUCACUGUCACAACAUAAACACUUGUUUGUAUUUUAUAUGUCUUUCUAGCACUUUUUAACCUUUGUUUGUGAUAUGUUGUUUUUAUUUUAUUAAUGUAAAAUGACCUAGAAAAUCUUGAAAGGUGCUUGUAAAUAAAAUAGAUUGUUAUUAUUGUUGUCGUUUUAUUUAGAUAAUCAAAAUCAGCAGGACAUGCCACUGGAAUAGUAAGGAUUCUUUGCGACUCUUUUAUGCAAAUAUGUUAAAAACUCCAUAGUUUUAACAUUGUCCUAAUAGGCUUUUGGGACGAAAGUGAAAGAAUCUCUUCCUGCACCAUGUAACUUUUUUGUUUUCAUAUCUGUUAAAAAAUUCACUAUGCCCUGAAAAUAGAAGAUGAAAAAGCAUCAAGUCCCUCUGCAUCUUCCCUGUGCCCCUAAUAGCAUUUAGAAAAAUACACAGCUCCCGAACCAAAACAGCCAAUCAGAGCUAGGAGGCGUCUUUGCCCUGUCGUUUACGGUUGUGUAUGCACAGUGCGCACCAGUCGUUCUAGCGGAAGCUAGCAGUGUGCUGCUGCUGCUAAAGGCGGAGAAAAAAAUCUACCUUUCAGGGAAAUGCCUAAUUUCUGGAGUAGUGCUGGGUCCAAAAACCAAGACAGGUAAACAAAAGAAGACCCACGACUCAAGGCAAGCAAAAAAGAGAAUUAGAACCCGAAAUGAGACGAGGGUAAAUAUCGGAGGAGCGCUUCAGGGAGAUAAUGCUAUCAAAGAAUUCAAAAUUGAUCCAGAGUUACAGACUGUGAACUCAUUGUUUGAGAUGGAGAUUUUAACACACAGACUGAGGACACAGGAAGAGGAAUGCCAGGACAAAUGGGAAAAAUGGACAAACGUCACAUCAAUAUUACCGGACUGAUUUUGGAUAUAAAGGGUCCCCUUGUGUUAUUUAAUUAAGAGACUCCCCCUAGUGUGCAGUUUUU